AUGGUAAUGAUAUGCGAGAAUCGGGAUAUCUUAUCGCCGUUGGCUCAAGAACAGCUAGAUGUUAAACAAAAACGAAGUAAACCUAUACGUAUAUGCGAAAGCAAACAAUGUUUAAGAUCAGCUGCUAACCUCGCGCUAUCAAUGGAUAAGUCAGUGGAUCCUUGCAAUGAUUUUUAUCAAUACGUAUGCGGCAAUUGGCCUAAAGAACAUCCCAGGCCAGAUGCUUAUAGUUCAUAUGAUUGGUUCAAUGACAAGCAGAUGAAAGUAUUUGCCACUAUACGAGACUUCCUCUCCAAGAAUGUCACCAACGAACCGAAACCGGUAAAGCAGGCUAAGGAUAUAUACAGUGCUUGUAUGGAUACAGAAGAAUUAGAUAAGAGGGGACUAAAACCUGUGAUAAAAAUAUUAGAAUCUUUAGGACUACCCGCUUAUCCAACAGUUAUUAAUGUAACUGAUGACAUCGAUUAUUCCGACUACAAAUUUAAUUGGCUAGAAGCUGUCAUAAAAAUUAAAACGCAACUAGGAAUGGAUGUACUCAUUGGAUUUGAUAUCUUCACUGAUCCAAAAAACUCUUCGAUUUACAGACUUGUUAUGGGAUCACCCGAAACAACAAAUCCUUUUCCAAGUUUUCUCAUUGAAAAGAAACGUCAUGUAGGACGUAAAAGUAUUUUGGCGAGGAAAAAAGAAAAACAUAAAAAUACUCCAUUUAUAAUAGGCGAUAAAUACAAAAAGAAGAAUGUAGAUAACAAUAAUGAUGAUGAAGAGAAGAUUGCACAUAUAUAUAAAUUAUUUUACGCAGAAAUGAUGAAACUGUUUGUACUUGAAGCGACGGCUAAGAAUUUUAGUUUGACUGAAGUGGAAUUAGACCAAAACAUAUUUCUGACUGCCAAUGAAUAUUAUAACAUGAAUGAAGAUAUGUACGACCUAGAAGACGAUGUCAAUGUUACGACGAGUGAUGAUGAAAUUUAUAUAAAUAUACCUGAAUACACAGUAGAAGAAAUUCAAGAACACACAGAUAUGAUAGUUCAAGAUAAUGACGGCAUUAAAAUGGACAUUUGGAAAGAAUACCUCGAGGGUAUUUUUAAAAUAAGCAAUGUCGAAUUAGAUUUUAAAAAAGAUUUAAUUCUAGUUUCCGAUCCUGAUUUAAAAUACAUGUCACUCAUGGCUGCCUACAUAUCUAAAGCUUCUCCAGUAUCAAUUGAACUCUUCAUUUGGAUAAAGGUAGUUGAAGUUAUGGCAGUUCAUACGACUUCGGAAUUAAGACUAUUAUUCCAGAGAUCAUAUGACGCUUUGAGAUCAAGAGAAUUGUCGAUCACACCACGUAGCCUUCAGUGUGCUAGCGCCGUUAAUGAUAUGAUGGGCAUGGCUGUUUCAUACGCUAUAGCCGACGCCCACUUCUUUAGCGACACCAAGCCAAAGAUUGAAGUUAUGCUAUAUGAAAUGAAAAACGCACUUGCCAGACUUGUUGGUAAAGCCAAAUGGAUGGAUGAUAACACAAAAUUAGCGACCUAUCAGAAGAUCAUAGAUAUGAAAUCGUUCGUCGGCUUUCCUGACUGGUUACUACAAGUGGAUUCACUAGAGAAAUAUUACGACGGAAUCGAAGUUAACCCUAAAACGCAUUUAGAAAAUAUGAUUAAUAUAAUACAAGUGAAAAUAAGGAAAGCCCUUAAUAAAUUUCGCACUGGCAACGAAUUCGCAUGGGCUACCGACCCUACAGAAGUAAAUGCUUAUCAUACUUUUCAAGAAAAUACUAUAAGUAGACGUUUCGACAAGAACGGUAACUUGCUACCGUGGUGGUCAAACGACACCAUUGAAUCAUUCGUCAAUAUGACACAAUGCUUCGUAGACCAGUACUCAAAUUUUUAUGUUCCUGAACUUGGAGAACAUGUAGAUGGCAAAAAAACUUUAGGAGAGAAUAUAGCUGACAAUGGUGGUGUUAGGGAGUCUUUUGGAGCUCUAAGAGAACAUUUACGAAAGUAUGGCCCGGAACCAAAACUACCUGGAUUUGAAGAAUUCAGUCCAGAACAAUUAUUUUUUAUUUCAUAUGGAAAUUUAUGGUGUGAAGUAUCUACCAAGGAUUCCUUGAAGUCAGGUCUAUCAGACGAACACUCUCCUCAACAUUUCCGGGCACGAGGUGCUCUACAGAACAAUGCUGAUUUCUCAAGAAUAUGGAAAUGCCCUCCCGAUUCACCGAUGAACCCAAGAAAAAGAUGUAUUAUCUAUUAA